AUGAGCUGUAAUGGCCCGAUGACCAGAAAGAAUUCACGAAUAGCACCGCCACCGGACGAUCGAUCUUCGAAGCGCCAGAAACGUACGGACGACCGGUCCUCAACCGGCCUCACAUCAAACUACUUUGCGACACAAAAACGACCGAUUGAAGACGUCGAAGACGACUCGCCCGGCACCUCAACACCUCAGAUUCACGACUUGACGAGAGAUGGUUCUCAACCAGACACAAUAGACGUCUUGAGCGUCGCCAGCACCAGCAAAAACACAUCCACUGCGGUCGAUAUCUCAGAGUACCGCCAUGUGCAGUCACGAAACUCUAUGAAGAAGCCCCGGCAAAGACGGUCACGAGCAGGCAGAAGGCUGACCCCCAGCCCUACGGAGGUCGAUGAUGCCCACGCCGUCCAGCACCGCAACCUUCCACCUCAACAUCGACAUUCUAGCGCGAACAUCGACGAGUUGGAUGGUUGGUCAGAGGACAAUCCACCUCCUUCUAAUACCGUGUCCGAUCUUGUUGCUCAGCCGAAAAGACGAGCAGUAGCCUAUGCGCCGCCAGUUUCCAAGCGCUUCAAGUCAAACGACGACUUUGCGGAUGAGCUUUCAGAGCCAAACAGACGCAACAACCUACCCACUGGAAAGAAACCGACCAACUUUUCGUCAUUGGUGUCCCAAUCUCCAAAUCGAUCCAGGCAGCGAGGAGAUAUCCAUCGCACAGCUUUCCAGACAGUACGGCCUGUGUCACGGGGACGAGAGGCAGUGAACAAGCCGGAGUACCCUGACCUGGGCGUAGUUGGAGCUGCUAGUGGACGAUACCGUUUCUAUGCAGAGAAGCCUGACCAACAAGUGAAGCUUCGCCUUGGAGAGUACCUCGCUAAGGUCGUUGACGAAGGGAAGGGAACGGCAGAACAUGCUCCCUGGCUUGAAAUCAAGAGAAAAUCGGUCAAAUCUAUCCAACACGCCGCCACAAACAGUUGCUUUAUCCACAUCAACCGUCCGAUGACAGCAGAAAGCCCGGGCACACUGGUAUUGCAGCUUGCAAGCAAGAACGAUGCUCUUUGCCUCCAUAACUGGCUAUACGGGUGUAAACAAGAAGAGAGUGACGACGUGUCACUCGGGCUCAAGUUCAAAACCGUUUUCACAAAGGCCAAGGAGUUUGAGGCACAGCACAAACAGUCAAAGAUUCGUAGUCCUGCUGCAGCUCGGCUUGCGGCUGUUAUGGAACAGACCUCAGGCGAGUACUCAGAGAGGAAAGAUCCCUUCAAGGGUGAGCCCAUCACUCCAAGGCCCAUUAAACUCAAGGAUCAGAUGAAGGGCGUCCCCGAGCCAGCAAAGGACGCAAAGACGGAACCAAAAGAGUUGAAAGAGGCCCCUGUGGUCACUCGGAGCCAACGACCCGAGACCCGACGGACCCGAAGAUCGUCUCCAGUUCCGUUGAUCCGUGACAAAACCCCGGAUCGUUGGAGUAUGCAGAACCCAGAUUGGGACAAGGACUGGCACAGGUCCUUGGUAUACCCCCCAACUGGCAAGAACCGGGCUACUGUCGACAGAGAUGAUAUCCCGAGACUCGAUGAAGGCGAGUUUCUCAACGACAACCUCAUCAGCUUCUACCUUCGCUACCUCCAGAUUCAGCUGGAAAAGGAGCGCCCCGAGGUGUUGGACAAGGUCUACAUCUUCAACACAUUCUUCUUCGAGAAGCUGAGGUCGAAUCGUGCCAAGAUCAACUAUGACGGCGUCAAGGCUUGGACUGCGAGAAUCGAUCUCCUCUCCUACGACUACAUUGUCGUUCCUGUCAACGAGAACGCUCACUGGUAUCUUGCCAUCAUUUACAACGCUCCCCGACUGCUACCUCAACCGGAAAAGAAAACCCCAUCAAGUGAGCGCGAGGCGAUUGUCGUUGAGGAUAAUGAUGCAACGAGAUCCCCGAAGCUCUCGCCUGUCGAGCGUACCCUUGCCACAAUCUCUCUCGAUGAGGAGGUUUCCAAGCCAAACGGCGACCAGGUGACCAACGGCGUCAGCGAUACUGCCUCGGACGCCGUGCCUGUUAAGAACGCCGAGGCUCCCAGCAAGACAAGCAAGCGGAAGUCGAGCGGUGGAACCCAAAAGUUUAGCAUCGAUGAACCCAGGAUUAUCACCCUUGACUCUCUCGGUUCCGCACAUUCGCCAACUUGCAAGUGCCUCCGGGAUUACCUCGUUGAGGAGGCCAAGCACAAGAAGGGUGUCGAGAUCACAACCCCCCCAGGUGGCAUGACGGCUCGAAAUAUCCCUGAGCAGGACAACUACUGUGACUGUGGAGUCUUUGUCUUGGGAUAUAUGGAACAUUUCCUCCAAGACCCGGAUGAAGCUGUCCGGAAAUUGCUCCAGAAGGAACAGACGAAUUGGAAUAUCCGACCUUCACAAAUUCGAAAAAAGGUCCGAAACAUCCUCUUCGCACUGCAACAGGAGCAGCAUGAACGUUUAGAGAAGGAGAAGCAGCAGAAGAAGCAGCUCAAGGCCGCAAAGCUAGGCCUUUCGUCUUCCCAGGUAGUGCCAUCUUCCCCCCAGGUGCCGCCGAAAAGCCCCGGGACACCAAGAGUCAACCAUGAGGUGAAAAGCCCGAUGCCGAAUGGUGUCAAGACCCCGGUGGCCAACGAGCCCAAGAAGACGAACGAGAUCUCGGCAUACUUUCAGGUGAUGCCCUCUGAGCAGCCGAUACAGCCUCAGACACCAAGCAGAGGCAAGCCACAGGUCAUGCAGCCUCUGGAAGAUGACGGCGUUACCGAAGUUAAGACCUCGAGUUCCAACGAAGUCUUUCAUUCGGCACCUUGUUCACCGAUCAACAGUGCAUCCAAGAUGCCUGUUAAGUCUGCCGAUGGAGUAAAGUCCCCUCCUGAGCAGAAAUCGCCGCCAAAGUCAACGCCGCCCCAGUUUGUACAGAGACUAGCUCAUUCGGCUUCUCAGCCUCCUGGCACUUCAUCGACAGUGAGGAGAAACAGUUCACCUGUGGUUGUCACCGUCUCGAGCGACGUUCCUUCAGCAAAGUCAACCAGCAGGGUUCAUGUCAUUGACCUAGAACCAACUAUCAUGGCCAGUAUUGAAGUCGAUAAGCCUUCUGAAGGGGGACCACAGUAUGAUGGAGUUGAUCGAUCCAUUGAUCUCACUAGUUAA